AUGGAUACAAGUACUUAUCAAGGUGGGACGGGUGGUGGUGAAUCCACCAUGGAAUCUGUCGACUGGAGGACUCAGAUGGCAGCAGAUUCGCGAAAAAAAAUUGUCAUUAAGAUAAUGGAUACAUUGAAGAAGCAUCAUCCAUCUUGGGCAUUAGAGAAGCCACAGGAAAUUAAGAGUAUUGCUCAGAGGCUUGAGGAGAAGAUUUAUACUACCACAACAAGCCAAUCUGAUUAUGUGCGGAAAAUAUCUAUGAAGCUGUUGACCAUGGAGAGUAGGUCUGCAAAUCUUGUGCCCAAUUCUUUGCAGUGCAACUCUGCUAGUAGUAGUGUGAACCCCUCUGAUCCAGGCUCUCAUGGCAUCCAUCAAGUCAACAACCAAGGGCAACCCCUUCCUAUUCCUGUUCCAUCUAAUCACCCUCAAGCAACUCAACAAAUCUUAUCACAGAGCAUCCACAGUAAUAUUCCUUCAUCUGGAGUACAAGUUUCUGCUGGUGUAUCAUCUGCAUUACCACCUGUUAAUGGUCUCUCACAGUCUACUAUCUCAAAUAUUUCCUCCCAAAAUCCAAAUUUACAGAACAUUCAAAACUUUGUAAAUCAAAGGCAGAUACCAACAAGGCAACAACAACAACAACAACAGUCUCAAAACUCACAACAAUAUCUAUAUCGACAUCAGAUACAUCAAAUUGCAAAGCAUAAUCUGCACAUUCAGCAACAACAUCAGAAUUUGUUGCAGCCAAGUCAUUUCCAACCUUCUUCUCUCUCUACAGCUCAACAAAAUCAGCAACCUGUGAUUCAACACCACCAACAAUCAGCCCUAAGACAGCAACCACAGGCCUCCAUUGUCCACCAGCAACCACCACCACCACAGUCGAAUCCAAUGGGCCAACAAACAAGUGCAACAAACUUGCAACAACCACAACAGCCAAGGUUACUAUCCCAACAGAAUAACCCUUCCAAUGUACAGCAGCCACAUCAGCACUCAAUUGGUCAACAUAAAAACUUUCCUACAAUGAAUCAGCAACACACCAUGUUGAACAAUCAACAUUCAACACAAGUGAUGCAGUCUAAGGUGUCAAUUCCACAACAGAAUCAGUCAAUGCAAGGUCAACGUUCACAACCAGAAUUACAAGUGAUGCCACAGUUACAAACACAGUCAGGUCAGCUGCAGCACCAAUUAAAUAUGAAACUGCAGUCAAACAUGUCUCAAAGGGAUAUGCAACAGAGGCUUCCAACAUCAGCUAUGCCAGAGGCUUCAUCAACAUCAUCAGAUUCCACAGCUCAAACAGGAAACCAAAAUAAUGGAGACUGGCAAGAGGAGGUGUAUCAAAAGAUUAAAGCUAUGAAGGAUAAAUAUAUGCCAGAGUUGACUGAAUUAUACCCAAAAAUCAUGAUAAAAUUGCAUCUGCAUGAUUCUCUUCCUCAGCAACCAAAGAAUGAACAUUUUGAGAAGACGAAAAUGCUUAAACACAUAUUUGAUAGUUGCUUGAACUUCCUACAAGUUCCCAGAAGCAACAUAUUACCCAUAUAUAAAGAAAAACUUGAUCUAUAUGAGAAACAGAUUAUUAACAUCAUACUCACAUUUAACCGAAAACCCGGGCCCCACCUGCAACAACCACUUCCUAGUCCUACACAAGUACAUCCUCAUGAAAGCCACAUGAACUCACCGAAUUCCACCAUGUUUCAACUGAAACAACUUCAACCUCAUCAUCAAAUGAAGCACCAUUUUUUGCAAAAACAACAGCAGCAGCAAUUUAACAGACAAACAAAGCAGCAGCAGUUGCAACUGCCUCAUAUUGGUGUCAAGAUGGAAUCUCUUACAAAACCCGGACCUCCAUUUUCACCUCAGAUUUCAUCUCCAAAUGUUGACCAGCAAAACCCGUUGACUUCUGUUGCUAAAUCCGCCACCUGUACGCCUUUGCAAUCUGCAAACUCGCCAUUUACCAUGUCGUCCCCGUCAACUCCUUCUACAUCUCAUAUUCUAGGAGACUCUGAGAAGGUUAAUUCGGGUAUUCCUAAUGCUGGGAAUGUUGGACACCAAUCAAAUGUUGCCUCUCAUUCUCAGUCUCUUCCUUUUGGGACACCUGGCAUAUCGGCUUCCCCUUUGCUUGCAGACUUCACUAGCCCUGAAGGAAAUCACGGAAAUAAGGCAUUGGUUGUUUCUGGAAAGUCGAGUAGUACUAUAGAAAAGCCCAUAGAGCACUUACUCAAAGUGGUGAAGUCGAUUUCAGCAAAAUCUUUGAGUGCAUCGGUUAGUGACAUCGGGUCAGUUGUCAAUAUGAUUGAUAGCAUUGCGGGAUCAGGAGCAGGUAACAGAUCAAGAGCUGCAAUUGGUGAGGACUUGGUUGCCACAACAAAAUGUCGCCUUCAAUCAACAACUACUGGAAAAAGGAAAAUGAAAAUGGAACCCUUAAAUGUUGUAUCAUCUGCCAGCAGUGUAAAUGAUAGCUUUAAGCGUUUCAGUUAUUUGGAGGCCUCAGAGUUGGAAUCGACUGCAACUUCUAGCAUAAAAAGACCUCGGAUUAAGACUAGCAAUGCCCUUUUGGAAGAAAUAAGAGGGAUAAAUUGGGGACUCAUUGAUACUAUGGUUGAUAUCAGUGAGGAAGAUGCAGGUUCAGGAAUCGUUGUCAAGUGCUCUUUUGGCGCUGUAAACAUUAAGUCACAAUAUGCUUCAGCAAAAGUGUUACCUAUACAACCAUUGCGAUUGCUUGUUCCUGAAAAUUAUCCAAAUUGCUCCCCCAUACUGUUGGAUAAGUUUCCGGUUGAGAUUAGGGAGAGUAAGGAGGAGGAAUUGGAGGAUCUUUCAAUGAAAGCAAAAUGGAGGUUUCAUAGUUGUGUGCGAAUGCUUUUGGAACCCAUGUCACUUGAGGAGAUGGCAAGGACUUGGGACACUUGUGCUCGUGCAGUUAUUUCCGAAUACGCCCACCAAACUAGUGGUGGUGCUGGUGGGACCUUCACCUCUAAAUAUGGACCCUGGGAGGAUUGCCUCACUUUCACUGCUUCUGCUUAA